AACCCCAAAGGCGUGCCCUAAUUUGUUGCAGAGCAGAGCAGAAGUGAGUGAGUGAGUUGAAAUUGUAAACAAAAUGGUGUGGUUUCAGUGCGAGGAUUGCGGAGAUAAUCUCAAGAAGCCGAAGCUCCUUGGUCACUUCAGAAUGUGCUCUGCCAAUAAGCUAUCUUGCAUCGAUUGUGGACAAGUGUUUGGGCAGCAAAGUGUUCAAGGACACACACAAUGCAUCACUGAGAUGGAAAAAUAUGGUCCCAAGGGUCAAGUUAAAGCUUCAACAAAUACAACUCCGAAUCCCAAGAGUGACUCAAAAAUGAAACCGGAGGUUGAUAUAAAUGUUGGUUUGUCAGAACGCCCUCCAUGGUUUUGUAGACUCUGCAAUACCAGUGCUACAAGCAGGCAAACUCUUCUUCUCCAUGCUGAAGGUAAGAAGCACAGAGCAAAGGCUAGAGCAUUCCAUGCGUCAAUGCAACCACCCAAACAAACAGAAGAAUUAACUCCGACCACCAAAGUUUCUUCUGAAAGCAACUUAAAGGACCGAGUAGUUGGAAAUCAAGAUGUAGUGGAACCAAAGGAAUUAGGUCUUCCAGAAGUUGCCCCUGCGCAUAAUGGCUCUGAAAUGGGAACCGUACAUGCAAAUUCGUUAACAAGUAAGAAGAGAAAACAUUCAAGUGAUAAACAGAAUGUUGAAGUAGGAAAUGGUGAAGACGAAAUAGAAUGCAAGGAAAAGAAAUCUAAACAGAGUGUGGGUAAAGAUGACCAAGUGACGGGCACUAAAUCUUUUACUAGAGAAGCAAAGAAGAAUAUAAAGUGGAAGAAGCUGAUUGCUUCAGCCCUGGAAUCGAAUUCAGACGGAGUUCUAAAAUUGAGGAAACUACAAAAAUUUGUUCAGAAGGCUCUUGUGGAUUCUGAGAUUAUGCUAGAUGAGAGCCAAGUUAAAGAAACAGUCGAGCAAAAGAUCAACUCGAGCUCCAGAUUCUCAGUUGAUGGUAAAUAUGUUCGUCUAGUGGUGAAAAAUUGAGAGGUUGUUCAAGGGUAUACAACUGAAUGUAUUGAAGAGAUCUAGAUGGUUAUAAUUUGUUUUUUCCCCGGUUUCUGGUCACAGGACAGGUUCCCUUACCAUUUAAGAUCAUUAUUAAAUUCAUCAAUCUAUUUUUGGAUGAUCAAGUAGAGUAUAGACUAUUUAUGUUCCUUACUAAUAUACAUGUUGACAGAUCAAAGCCUUAAAAGGUCCAUCAUUCAUGUUUUGAGUGCUACAUUAUUCUAGAUAUAUGUUUAGAAAGAAACGAUGAACUCAUUUGUUAAUCAAGGGUUUAUCAGGAUUUAAUUACUUGGAAAACAUAUUGUUAUAAUUUACAAGGCCAUGUUAUGGUCACUUUGUUAGCGCA